AUGGACAGCAAACGCAAGGCGAACAGCGCUGCGGCGUCGGAUUCCGACGACCGCUCGUCGAAGCGACGCAAGGUGUCGGACUUUGACCUCACCAAGGGCGAAUCCCGUGACUCGACGACCGCGUACGGCCUGGCUUUCUUGGAGCAGAUGCGGCGUACGUCGGACAAGAGUGGGCGCCGUGUCGCAACUUACUUCGAGAAACUGCUUCCGCGCCAAGGAAACGAAGAGUAUUACAAGAAGACGCGCAUGCCCAUUUCCCUCGAGACGAUAGAGGAGAAGCUCAACAACGGCGAGUUUAAGACUCUGGCGGAGCUCGAGAGCUACUUCAAGCGCAUGAUCUGCAACGCCAAAGAGUUCUACCCACGGUCUUCCUCCAUCUUCGACGAUGCCGAGCGCGUGCGCAAGGCGUUGAGCAACUACAUGACCAAGACCAACCCUGCGUAUGGAACGCGCGGCUAUCAAGCGCAGCCGACGCCCCUACCGCCGGAGGACGGUGAAGAGGCUGAUGAAGAUGCUGAUGGUGAGGAAGUCGAAGAGGCCGACGACGGUGCGGAGGACGAAGACGCUGAAGGUGAAGAAGAAGAAGAAGAAGAAGAAGCAGCAGAGGACGACGAGGAACAGGAAGAAGAAGAGACGACCGGGCGCGGCUCGAGGAGGCGCUCCAUCGUGCUCAAGCGACGCGAGUCUGGCCGCCAUUCGAGAAACUCCCUUUCGCAGGCCAAGGACAGCCCUCGCGCGAGCAUCAGCUCCAACCGACCCGACCACCAGUACGAGAACGUCCCAUACAAGGGGCUCACCUUCCAGCAGGCGCAGGAAAAGGUCGUCGAGGAGCUAUUGCGUUGGCAAGAACCAGAAUACGAAGGCUACUUUGAGCCGUUUCACAACCUACCUCCCCGGGCUCUGAAAGACUACUACAAGGUCAUCUCGGACCCAUUGUCGCUGAAGAAGCUGCAAAAAAUGGCCAAGGGCGUGCACGGCCGCGGCGAUGCCACUGGAGUCAGCGAUUUCAAGACGUGGGCUGCCUUUGAGGAAAAGUCGAAGCUGCUAUGGAACAAUGCGUAUUUCUACAAUGAGGAGGGCAGUGAGAUAUACGAGUUGGCACAGGAGCUAGAGCAAGCGUUUGCGGAACAGCUGAAGGAGGCCCAAGCCGCCGUGGCGGAGCCGGCGCAGCCACCCAAGAUCAAGCUCAAGGUUGGGUCGGGCACCGAAACUCCAACGUCGUCGAAAAAGAUCACCAUCCACGUCGGUGGUCGCGGAAGCUCGGCAGAGUCGCCCGUGCCUCAAUCCGCAAACUCGCCCGCGGUUCCUGCGGUCAACGGGACGAUGCGGACGUCCAGCCGCCUCGAGGCCGCACGCAGCGUCUCGCUCUCGGCGCCAUCUCCCAGUCCGUCAACACAGGCCGGUCUGAAGACGGAAGAUAGCGCCCGUGCGACGCCCGUGGUUGCGGGGCCCCCGCCUCCGGCCGUGCCCGGCGCAUAUCCACAGGCCCCGAUGCCUCCCCAGCAGCCCGUCGCACAGUUUCCUCCCCCGGUGACCACCUACGUUGAGCCUAAGAGACUCCGCAGGAAGGGAACCACCUCCAAAGACGCCCUCAUCUCUCGUUUACGCCUGCAGCUGCACCCGAACAUGCAAAUCGAGCACCCCAACGUCAUCACCCUGUUCCCGCACCCCAAUGAGCUGCAGCAGUCCGGCACAGUGAACCUCCCGCCGCACUACAACCGCCUCUUCAUCGUCGUCAAGCUGCCCGAGUUCCUCUACGAGCGCCAGUACAGCCUCUGGGUGCUCUUCAACAAGCAGGCCCUCAAGCCGGUCAUGCAGCCGCUCCCCGGCCAGCUACGCGAGGAGCGCGCCUUCGAGGUCGGCCUCAGUUACGGAGUCAACGUCAUCGAGGCGCACCUCAUCGCGGCGAUCCCGCGUGACGAGCGUGAGCCCGGCGGUCCGGACGCGGAGCUCGAGGUUUUCACCGUCUUUGCCAACGUGAUGAGGUCUUGA